AUGGCACGUCGAAUACGUCGUAGUUCAAUGGAACGUUUAAAACUUUACGACUUAGAUAAUUUAAAAUUUUCAUCAUCAAAUCGUGAAUUACCUCCACCUUUACCACCUCCACGUAAAUAUCGACGCCAUCCACCAGCAAGUCAAACAUUCGAACAUUAUCGUUUUCUUUGUAAUAUGAAACGUCAUAGUACAGAUCCAAUUUAUGCUGCUACGCCAAUGUUUACAAUAAUACCACAAUCAAGACGAGUAAAACAUCCUCGACGUUUACUUGGUUCUCGUUUGCCUUCAGAUAUUAUUAAACCUAUAUCAACUACAUCUACAUCUCCAGAACCAGAAAAUGCUGAAAUCAAUAAUGAUACAAAAGAAGAAGAAAUUAGUGAUGAUGAUGAUGAUGAUUAUCAACAAAAUAGAAAUGAUGACAAUAAUAAUAAACGUGAUAAUGAUGAUGAUAAUAGAAAUUCAUCAAGUAGUAGUGAUAAUGACGAGGGCAUUGAUGAUAUUAUUAAUAAUGACGAUGAUAAGCUCGAUGAUGAUGAUGAUAAUGAUAAAAAAGGACUGGUUGAAAAUAAUGAAAAUAAAAUUUAUUCAAUGACAAGUACUAAAAAAUCUUCUGACGAUACAUCAGCAUCGUCUUCAUCCACAACGACAAAGCUUAGUACAACAGGAAGAAAUUGUACAACAAUUCCUGCACCACCAUCACGUCUUCUUGAUAUUAAAGAUUUAUUUUCUAAUCCAUUGGAUUUAAAUAAUAAACCUAAUUUAGAAAAACUUAAACAACAUAUUAUACUUGAAGGUCGUCUUACUGAAAAGGCUGCACUCCGAAUUAUUGAAACCGGUGCUGCGAUAUUACGUGAAGAACCAACAUUAUUAAAUCUUGAUGCACCAUUAACUAUUUGUGGUGAUAUUCAUGGACAAUUCUAUGAUUUAUUGAAAUUAUUUGAAGUCGGUGGCCCUCCAGCUACAACUCGUUAUUUAUUUCUUGGUGAUUAUGUUGAUCGAGGCUAUUUUGGAAUAGAAUGUGUACUUUAUUUAUGGGCAUUGAAAAUUCAUUAUCCUAAAACAUUCUUUUUACUUCGAGGAAAUCAUGAAUGUCGACAUUUGACUGAUUAUUUUACUUUCCGACAAGAAUGUCUUAUAAAAUAUACAGAAAAAAUUUAUGACACUUGUAUGAUAGCAUUUGAUUGUCUUCCAUUGGCUGCUACUAUGAAUAAUCAAUUUUUAUGUGUACAUGGUGGUCUUUCACCAGAAAUUCAUACAUUAGAUGAUAUUAAACAGUUGGAUCGAUUUCAUGAACCACCAGCUUAUGGUGCAAUGUGUGAUUUAUUAUGGUCUGAUCCAGCUGAAGAUUAUGGAAAUGAAAGUGGAUCAUUAACAUUAGUUGCAACACGUCGUUCAAGUGCUCCAGUACCUUCACCAACAACAACAAAUACAUCAUCAGCAUCAUUAUAUCUACCGAAUGCAACACGUGGUUGUUCGUAUUUUUAUACAUAUGCUGCUGUUAAUGAAUUUUUAAUACGUAAUCAGAUACUUUCAGUAAUUCGUGCACAUGAAGCACAAGAUAUUGGUUAUCGUAUGUAUAAAAAAUCUCCUGAUACUGGUUUUCCAUCAUUAAUAACAUUAUUCUCAGCACCAAAUUACUGUGAUGUUUAUCAAAAUAAAGCAGCUAUUAUGAAAUAUGAAAAUAAUGUUGUUAAUAUUCGACAAUUUAAUUGUUCACCACAUCCAUAUUGGUUACCUAAUUUUAUGAAUAUAUUUACAUGGUCAUUACCAUUUGUUGGUGAAAAAAUAAAUGAUGUUCUAUUAAAAAUUCUUAAUAUAUGUACAGAUGAAGAAUUAGCUUUAUAUGAUGAACAUAUUGAUUCAUUAAUUGAACGUAAUCAAAUGGAACAACGUAAAGAACAAAUACGUUCAAAAAUGCGUGCUGUUGGUAAAAUAGCUAAAACAUAUCAAACAUUACGUGAAUUAAGUGAAAAUGUUGUUACAUUACGUGGUUUAACACCAUCAACUAGUCUUACUGAACUUGAUAAAGAUAUAACAGAAGAAGCUGAAGUUGCAGCUUCAAUACUACGUGAAAAACCAAAAUCAACAAAAGAACGUUUUUCAAAAGUAAAAAUACUUGAUCAAGUUAAUGAACGUAUGCCACCAUCAAAAACAUCAAAAUCAGUAGGUGGUCCAAGUGUGGCUGAACGUAUUAAAAAAGCAUCAAAUGUUAAUCAAACAUCAGAACCAAUUAAAAAAGAAAUGCCAUCAAAAGCAUUUACAGGUGUAACAACACAAGGUAUGGUUAAAAUGAGACGUGAAAGUUAUGCUGGUGUAUCAAGUACAGCACGUAGACGUUCACCAACACCAGUUGUAGAUUUACCAACAGUUGUUAAUGGUCAACCAACAACGUCAUCUAAGAAAUAA